AUGGCAUUUAUUAAAGAGGAGAGUGAAGACCUGAAGAUUGAAGAAACAUUCAGAGACAAACAUGAAGAUACUGAGGAACAAACAGAUCUGAUGACACUGAAAGAGGAGAGUCAAGAACUCAAUGAAAAGGAAGAUAAUGUUCAGCAUGAGAAAUAUGGUUUCAUGACUGAAGAAAAAUCAUUUAGUUGCUCACAUACUGAAAAGACUUCAGAAAAAAGAGCUCAAAAGACAGCAAAUAGAAGUUAUUUCACCUGCCAACAGUGCGGGAAAAGUUUCACCAGAAAAGGAAAUCUUGAAGUCCACAUGAGAGUUCACACUGGAGAGAAACCUUUCACCUGCCAACAGUGUGGGAAGAGUUUCAUUAAUAAACCAAACCUUAAAAAACACACUAGAAUUCAUACUGGAGAGAAACCUUACACAUGCUCUCAAUGUGGAAAAAGUUUUAAACACAAACAACACCUGCAUGACCACAAGAUAAUUCAUACUGGAGAGAAACCUUUCACCUGCAAACUGUGUGGAAAGAACUUCAUUCAUAAACCAAAACUUCAAAGCCACAUGAGAAUUCACACAGGAGAGAAGCCUUACACAUGCUCUCAAUGUGGAAAAAGUUUUACAUAUAAACAACGCCUCGAUGACCACAUGCAAAUUCAUACUGGAGAGAAACCUUUCACCUGCCCUCAGUGUGGAAAGCGCUUUGCUAAAAAAAGAACCCUUAAAGACCACAUGAGAGUUCACACUGGAGAGAAGCCUUUCACCUGCAAACUGUGUGGAAAGAACUUCAUUCAAAAACCAAAACUUCAAAGCCACAUGAGAAUUCACACUGGAGAGAAGCCUUACACAUGCUCUCAAUGUGGAAAAAGUUUUACAUAUAAACAACGCCUCGAUGACCACAUGCAAAUUCAUACUGGAGAGAAACCUUUCACCUGCCCUCAGUGUGGAAAGCGCUUUGCUAAAAAAAGAACCCUUAAAGACCACAUGAGAGUUCACACUGGAGAGAAGCCUUUCACCUGCAAACUGUGUGGAAAGAACUUCAUUCGAAAAGCAAACCUUAAAUAUCACAUGUUCAGUCACAGUGGAGAGAAACCUUACACAUGCUCUCAAUGUGGAAAAAGUUUUAAACAUAAACAACACCUCGAUGUCCACAUGAGGAUUCAUACUGGAGAGAAACCUUGCUCCUGUCAACAAUGUGGAAAGAGCUUCACUAAAAGAGGAAACCUUAAAAAACACAUGAAGAUUCACCCUGGAGAGAAGCUGUUUACAUGUGAUCAGAGCAGGGACGGAUUAUUACUUCAAAAGAAUAUUUAAACCAUUCUCACUCGGCGUCAAAUGCCUGUGCAACACCUAUGUUAAUCAUCUGUACAGCAGUUUAGUUUUUUUUUGCAGCGAUGGUGGAAACGACACAAGACCAUAUAUUACCGCAACUGUCAAGACCGGCCCAGAUGGUGUUUAGUGUCCCCACCAGCGGCAAUAGAAGUGAGUGCGCCUUCAGCACAGCUGGAAGAGUUGUAGAAGAAAAAAGAACUGGAUUAAAACGGGCUGCCCAUGACCAAAGAUUUUUCUAGUCGACUAGUAGUAGUAAUAAAUACUAAACCAUAAUGUGCCUUUAAUAUUUAGGCUAUUACUAGCCUAUUCUAUUCCGCGCUCAGUGUUGCAAAGAUGAAGUUGACCAUCCUGAUUUGCCAUCUCCUCACUGGACAUGCCUUUAUGGAUUACAUAAUGAAAGAGUUUUUGUUUGCAAAUUAUUGAAUAAUUUCGUUUUGUAGUCAUUUAAAGCUUUCUAUAGAUAUAUUUGUCAUGUCUGUGAUGCUAGUAUUCGCCGAGUUUUGGUUCAAUUUUGUGAGACGGCAGAAAGUGCAUCUUGUAUGUUUGUUUGUUUUU